AUGCCCGGCUCAAUGGAUGGGAUUAUUCGUAGUACUCUGGAAUCGUCAUCUGGCCGAAAAAUUGGUCCCAAAGAUAAUGAAGUUGGUUUAGCCUACAAUCCUGAGUUUAUUGCAUUAGGUCAGAUUAUUAGAGAUAUGUUAAAUCCCGACUUUAUCUUGAUUGGUGAGAGUGAUGAACGUAUUGGAGAUACCUUACAAGCAUUCUACUCGAAGAUAAUAUCUAAACAUUCAUUAUCAUUUCAAAGAAUGAACUUCAUUAAUGCAGAAAUAACCAAAAUUUCUCUCAAUACUUAUGUGACAACUAAGAUAACCUAUGCUAAUAUGCUCAGUGAAUUAUGCGAAAAGCUACCAGGAGCUGAUGCAAAUAUUGUUAAUACUGCCAUUGGUUGUGAUUCUCGUAUUGGAAGUAAAUACUUAAAAGGCGCUCUGCCAUAUGGGGGACCAUGCUUUCCGAGAGAUAAUCGUGCUUUUGUUGCCUUAGCAAAGUCUCUGUUCGUUAAUGCCUUACUAGCUGAAGCGACUGAUCAAUUGAAUAAUUAUCAAAUUAAAAGGCUACUCAGAAAAUGUGAACUGAUAGCCAAACUUCAUUUUGGUAAUAAUCCUAAUAUUAGACCGAAAAUUGGUAUAUUGGGAUUAUCUUACAAACCGGAUACGCCUGUUGUGGAAUGUUCACCAGCUUGUGCCCUGGCUAACAAGCUUAUUAACAGUUUUGAUGUUUUUGCGAAUAUAUUGAAUACCCCUAAACAUCUUGUCUAUUUGGCUCAAACUGAAUAUGGAUCUCAAAAUUCUUCAACAACUACUGAUGAAAUUUUUACUGCAGAACGAUUAUUUGAAGUUCUGAAGUCAUUUAAAGAUAGCUACUUUAGUGAACUGUAUACUUAUGAUACUCUCGAUAUUGACGAUGAAUAUGAUGAAAUCACUGAUACAGAAGAGAGUGAUAAUGACAACGACGAUUACAAUGAGAAGGAAAAUUUUGGUAUACAAAAUCAGUUUACAUUAGAAGAAAUGAAAAACAUAAUCGAAUGGGUUGACCAACAUCCGAAUGCCAAAUUUGCAUCUAUUUCCCAUCGAUUUAAAAAGGUAAAAGAAAAUGAAUUCGGUAAAAGAGUGCAAAAAGAUUUAAUUGUACCACCAAAUGUUGUAGUAAGAGCUUCAAAAUCAGGAAAAAGUACCAUUGAAAAACAUCAUAUUUUUUUAAAUGAAGUUCUACGUCCAUUGGCUGGUAGAAAAUUUCUCCCAUUCCUUGGUUCUUGGAAAACACAAGCUGAUCUAACAAAAUUUAGAGCAGUAUUUCCGAAUCAAGACAGUCAAUUAUUAAUUUUUCCUGAAGGAUCAGCUGAUUAUAUUCAACCACAAGAUCUUUCGUUGUUCUGUUCAUAG